GAUUGAUCGAUUUGUCAAUUUUUGUUUCUUGUUUCAUAUUGGUACCUAGCUUAGAUAAUUUUACAGAAUUUAAAGUAAAAGCAACAACCGAUCAGCGUCAAUUUAUUAUUUCAGCGAUGGCUGAAGAUCUAAGGAAUUAUAAACUGCAACUUCAACAGGUGGAGGCUGCGCUACUGACAGAUCCUCAAAAUGAAGAGUUGCUGAAAUUAAAAGCGGAUUUAGAAGAAGUAAUUGAGUUGACACAAGAUCUUAUUAAAACACAAGAUGGUGACUCCAAAGUGACUAAUAUUCGUGGUUCUAGUAAUGAUGAUGAUGUUACAGCGUCGCUGUUGGCGGCUGAGGAAGCAGAGGCUGGAGAAAGGUCUUAUUCUAGUUGGCGCAUCGGCGAAAAAUGCCUGGCCAAAUGGAGAUCAGAUGGAAUGUUCUAUGAAGCUGUCAUUGAGGAGAUAGGUACAGAAAGUUUAAAAGUGAAAUUUGAUGGUUACACUACAUUAGAAACUGUGGCUGCUGGUGAUAUCAAAGCAAUAGGAUCAGGCACAAAGAGGCCUCUAAGUGGAGAUGAAAGCAAACAGGGGAAGGGCUACAACAGGGAGUAUUUAAAAAAGAAAAAACAGAAAAAACAACAAAGAUUCAAACAAAUCGAAGAAGAAAGGGAAAGUGAGAAAAAUAAAUGGCUUUCUUUCCACUCGAAAGCAUCCAAAAAGGCUGGAGUAAAAGGAAAGAGCAUAUUUGCUUCACCUGAUAACUUGACUGGAAGAGUCGGCAUUGGAACUUGUGGUAUAUCAGGAAGGCCCAUGACAGAAUAUACUCCUGGUGAAAAAUGGAAGAAAGGUGGUUAACAAAGUGAUAUUUAAUAAUAAAAACUUAGUUGCAAAUUAUACUAAUAAUCAACAUACGGUCUCAUCUGUGAGGCUAACAUUAAUUGGAUGUUUACUCUAGUACUAAUUUGUAAGUACUGUAAAUAUACAUUGUAAGGUUUUUGUUGUAGUACAUUUAAAUUUCUAGUAACAAAAUGGAUCCUGUAUGUUUGGACUGCAAAUAUAUUGUAAUAAAUACUUUUUU